AUGAAGAGGGACCGCGAAUGUUCUACAGCCAUACUGAUGCCGUCCACCAGUACAACGCAGUCAUCAACAUCCUCAGGCAAGGAGGCUUGUAUCGCGUCAGAGCCGAGACUAACAGAUGGACAGUUUUGUGGUCCUUGCAUCCAUCGCCAGACCAGCUUCGUCGUUUCAGUCCGGUGCAGCGGACAAAUCAUUUUCCGGGCUCUUAUCAUUUGGGUCGCAAGGACUGAAUCAGGGGGAUGCCAGGGGUUUGCGGUUAAGGAUGGUUAA